AUGGUCCUCGCGCUCUUCCGAAGGCGCUCGGUGCGCUGGGAGCACCGGCGCAUCUUUGUCAACAUGAAGCCUCCGCCCGAGCUCCUGACCUCGUACGGCGAGCCGCUCCUUGUCUUUCCCGACAACUCGGUGCGAACGUCAAAAUACACCGUCUGGACCUUUUUGCCGAUGAAUAUUCUCGAGCAGUUCCACCGAGUGAAGCGAGAACAAUUCUUCUUGAUGAUCAUUGUUUUGCAGUUUCUGCCAGAGUUUCAGUCGACCUUCCCGCUGCUUUCCGCCGUUCCGCUGGCCAUCAUUCUGUCGCUCAAUGGCAUCAAGGAUGGUGUCGAGGACUAUCGGCGACACCAAGCCGAUCGCCAGCUUAAUCACUCAGUGGUGCUGACUCUCAGCGACUGGAACAAUACCAAUAUGCCGUCAACGGUACACAUUGAAGAUCCUGCCAACGAUCCCAGCCGCAGGAGACUGUCGAAAGUGCCCUUGCCUGGAUGGAGACUGACGUACUGGUCCGACCUGCAUGUCGGGGACCUGAUCUACAUUCGCAAUAACGAAGCCAUCCCGGCCGAUACGAUCAUCCUCUCGACGUCAGAGGAGGGCGGGAGCUGCUAUAUCGAAACCAAGAACCUCGAUGGGGAAACAAAUCUGAAGGCUCGAGCUGCCCUCCCGGCCACGCAGCAUCUUUCCACCGCCGACGAUUGCCGCAACGUCAAGAUGUCGAUCGAUUCUGAGUCGCCGCAGAUGAAUCUCUACUCGUACCACGGCUCCAUCGCCUUCGAAAGCGAUCCUACCGAUUCCUACCCUUCUGAGCCCGUCCCGGUUGGUAUCCAGAACCUUCUUCUGCGUGGAUCGACAUUGCGAAGCACCGACUAUGCCAUCGGUGUUGUCGUGUAUACCGGAAACGACACCAAGGUCAUGCUGAAUUCAGGGUCGACGCCGUUCAAGCGGAGCCAAAUCGAACGGCUGAUGAACUACCUGGUCCUGAUCAACUUUUGCAUGCUUGCUGUCAUCUGUCUCACCAACUUUGCCGGUGCAUACAUCUUUUCGACCAACUGGAUCAACGAGCAUGCCCCCUGGAUCGCAUUCGAUCAGUCGGCAAUCGAGACUGCUUUUUUCACGCUGAUUGCCAGUAUUAUGCUGUAUCAAAACAUCGUGCCCAUUUCGCUCUAUGUCACCCUGGAGGUCAUCAAAUCCGCUCAGGCUCUCUUCAUCUACUUUGAUGACGACAUGUACUACAGCGUAUCUGAUGAGCGCUGUAUCCCGAAAUCAUGGACGCUCUCCGACGAUCUCGGGCAGAUUGAAUACGUUUUUUCAGACAAGACUGGAACUCUCACCCAAAACAAGAUGGAAUUCCGGCAGUGCUUAAUCGGAGACCGCGUCUAUGGGAUGCAGUUUGAGAAGCCGGAAGAGCGCCACCAAGCCCUUGAGAAGAUGAAGGCACAGAUGACAGGCAUAUACGCGAACCCGUACUUUACCGCCGAUAUCACCUUUGUGGACCAGGACAUGUUUCGCGACUACCAGGACAAUCCCCAACGGCGAUCCGAGAUCGAGCGCUUCUUUCUCGUUCUGGCUCUGUGCCACACCGUGGUGUCGCCAAAGGACGAGCAUGUGCUCGAGUACGAGGCUCAGUCACCGGACGAGUUUGCGCUGGUAACAACAGCCCGCAAUUGCGGGUUUAUCUUUGUCUCUCGGAACCAAAGCAUCGUCAAGCUCAACGUGCUCGGAUCUAUCCGGCUGUAUGAGAUCAUGUGCAUUCUCGAGUUCAACAGCGACCGCAAGCGCAUGUCGGUCAUCACAAAGGACGAGAAUGGCAUCUUGACGCUGAUAUGCAAAGGAGCCGACAACGUGAUUCUUCCACGACUAAGCCGGAACCAAGACGCUGCCGUCACAACGACCAACGAAGUUCUACACGAGUUUGCUCAGAAAGGGCUGAGGACGCUGUGUCUGGCACAGCGACAGAUACCACCGGAAGAGUACCAGACCUGGCUCACCCUCUUCGAAGCGGCUUGCCGGGAUCUGAAUGACCGUGAGGCCAAGAUCGAUGAGCUCGCCGAACAGAUCGAGGUUGACCUGGAGCUGAUAGGCACCACCGCAAUCGAAGACCGGCUGCAGGACGGCGUCAUGACGUGCAUCGAGCAUCUCCGCAAGGCCUCGAUCCACGUAUGGGUGCUGACUGGAGACAAGCUCGAGACGGCAAUCAAUGUCGGCUUCGCGUCGAAGGUCCUUGACGCCGACAUGACUCUCAUCAUUCUCAAUGCCAUGACGGCCCAAGACCUGCAUCGGCAAAUCCGGGACUCGGAGAGUCUCAUCCAGGCCGAGGCCCCUCUGUCCGCGGCGUCGUUUGCUCUGGUGGUCGACGGUGGCACUUUGAAGAUCGUGAUGGAGGCCGAGAAGACCAAAGAGGAGUUUGUCCAGAUUUCGCUCUCGUGCAAGUCCGUGAUUUGCUGCCGGGUCUCGCCCAAGCAGAAGGCAGAGGUUGUGCAACUCAUCAAGCACAGGCUUUCUGUGAUGUGCUUGGCGAUCGGCGACGGCGCCAACGACGUCAGCAUGAUCCAGGCCGCCGAUGUUGGCGUCGGCAUCUCAGGACAAGAAGGCUCGCAGGCGGCCAUGUCGAGCGAUUAUGUCAUUGCGCAGUUUCGGUUUCUGACCAAGCUGCUGCUGAGCCAAGGUCACAUGUCGUACUAUCGGAUAUCGGGUGGCAUUCUGAUGUUCUUCUUCAAGAGCUUUACGUGGGUGAUGGUUCUGAUGUGGUACCAAAUCCUAUGCGGCUUCACAGCCAACAUAAUAUUCGACUAUACCUUCAUUCUGCUAUACAAUAUCAUUUUUACAUCCCUGGGUCCUAUCGUGAUAGGUGUAUUCGACAGCCACUUGAACCAAGACAGCUUGAUGGCCUUCCCAGAGAUCUAUAUCAUCGGGAUGAGAAAGAAGCUGUUCACAUAUGGAAAGUUCUUUUCUGGCUUUGGCUGGGCCAUCUAUCAGUCGCUUGUCUGCGCAUACUUGCCCCUCUAUGUCUACCAAGACACAGCCAAUGGCAACUCGGACGUCAGCGAGGGCGAGAUUGGGCUUCUGGCCGCAGUGGCGGUGAUCAUCAGCGUCAAUAUUACGAUGAGCCUGUCGAUGAGACAGCUCAAUGCCAUCGGAACCCUGUGCAUGGCGCUCUCGACGAUUUCACCGAUCCUGUAUAUGAUGAUCUGGUGCGAGUUCAACAUGUCGACGUUCUACGGAAUCGACUACGUUAUCUACACCGGACCAAGGCUCUGGGCAGGCCUGCUUCUGUGUGUCGCGGCUGCGACGCUGCCUCUAUUCACCUGCGACUUUUACACCAAGUUUUUCCGGCCCGGCGACGUGGAAAUCCUGCGCGAGAUGCAUGUCAGCCCCCAGCCCGGCAAUUCGCUGCACGAGUAUCGGCCGAGCAGCAAGGACAUCACGCUCCAGCCCAAGGAACCCGACUCUGGCAACAUCGCCUAUCUGGAAACACCAAUGGCUUCACACAUCCGAGCGGACUCUGUCGGUGACUCGGUGGGCAGCAGCAAGCCAAGGAGCUUCAAGUUUGACAUCUUCUCGAACAAGCGGGACAUCCACCGCGUCCACUCGUCACGGUCCAACGUCAUGGUGAUGCCCACCAACCGAUGCGUUUCCCACACUGGCUUUGCCUUUUCAGUCGAGGAGCCAGAAUCGGGCCGGGCCAGCAUCGUCCAAGCCAUGUCAACCCUGGGCCGGGUGCGUACUCAGUAUGCGUCCAAGGACGUAAUCAAAAGCAGCGUCAGUGGACUGGGAUCGAUCGAGCAAGCUCCGGAUGGAGUGCCCCGGCGUUUGGCCAUGGACAACGACGAAGGCUAUGCCAAACGCAGAUGGACUGCACCCUCGCACGGCGUUCACCAUGAGUCUACGCACCUGGGCACAUCGCCACUUGGCUCCAGUCUGCUGGGGGAGGGUGCGGCGCCGCCGCCAGACACACAGGCCGCAAACAAUACUGCUCAGCGCUCGACGCUCGGACGCUGCACGGACAUGUCGGCUGCAAACCAAAGCGCACUUUCGUUUCUCUGCGAAGACCGGCUCCCGUAGUUUGUCGUUUUUCUAAAGACCUCGAUGAUGCUGUUGCAGG